GCAGACAGACCAGACAAGAUUGAGCAUGCAUGCGGGAGCCGAGCUCAAAGUUUCUUUUUUUUUUUUCCGGCAACACUCUGACUUUCCUCCCAUCCUGUGAAAUGUGACUCGCAAGCUAAGCAUGAACAUUUUCUGGGGCUGAUUUGUUUAAUUUAAGAUUUUAAGUUCUCGCUCAGACAAAUCGCUCGGUGCGCAAUGAGCGCGUCUGCGGGAACGGGAGUGUUCCUGCUCUCCCUGAUGUCUAUCCCCAUCUGCUAUUUAUUCAAUUCUCUCAUUUACAGCAACAGUGCUGAAGCUUUCUUCUUCGCUUGGUGCACAACAGUUCUUAUUCUGGCCAUUUCAGCUCGUUUUAUGCUUAAAAAGAAGGCUCCAGUAGAUCCACUUUUUUAUGUGUAUGCAGUGCAUGCAUUCCUCAGUGUGGUGAAUCUGAUCAUUGGACUGGAGCAAGACAACAUCAUUGAUGGAUUUGUGACAUUUUACCUCAAAGAGGCAGAUCCACAUGUCAACACAGCACAUGGGCACAUGAUAUCGUACUGGGAUGGCUGCGUGCACUAUCUCAUGUAUCUGCUUAUGAUUGCUGCAAUAACUUGGGGGGACAAUUACAGAGCUAUUGGACUCUACUGGGUGGGAUCUUUUCUCAUGCGUGCAAUGGUCUACAUUCUUGGGAAUGCUGUCGGAAAGUAUGGGACUCACGUUGGCCCUCUCUUCAUCCUCCAUUUGUUGUACAUCUCAGUGUCAGUGUGGGCUUGCUUCCGCAUCUUUUGUCAGCCUUCUGCACGAGACGUUGAGCUAUCAGACAUCGAGGAGGCUCACAGGGCAGGCUUGCUCCGCAGACCUGUGGACUUGGUAUUCAUCAUCUACCUCAUUCCAGCGCUGGCUUUCUGUGUGUUCAGAGGCCUGGUUGUUCUUGACUGUUCCAGCAAAUGGUGCCAAGACUACACACAACAGUAUGAACCAUACCUCAAAGACCCUUCAGCCUACCCUAAAGUACAGAUGCUGGUGAGCAUGCUGUAUUCUGGGCCCUACUACAUCAUUACUCUGUAUGGGCUGUUGGUCCCAGGAUGUGACUGGAUGCCAGACCUGACUCUUGUACACUCAGGAGCAUUGGCACAGGCCCAGUUCUCCCACAUCGGUGCAUCUCUUCACACACGGACACCGUUUUCAUACAGAGUACCUGUGGACAGCCAGCCUGUCUUCUUGCUGGUCAAUGUGCUGUACAUGCUGGUGCCUCAGGCACUGUGCUACCGCUGCUGCACACAGCCCGCCUUCUUCCUCAGGACAGCGCCAGAGAAGAAAAAUGAAUGACAGACUGUCGGGGGGACAGAGAGAGUGCCACAGAUGCCAAAGAUGCCUAAAAUAAAGGCCCGAAGAACUCGCAAAUUCCUGCUGUGUUUGCAGUUAUUAGCGGUUGCUAUUUUAGAGAGGAAACUGCCACCUGUAAACUUCAUGGGGUUAUGUGGAGGUGCUAGAAAUGGACAAAAAUGGAAAUUGUGCCAUCUACUGUUUUUGAUCUGCCGCUUUUUAUUGAAAAUCUCUGUGUGUAAAGCAGCAGCAUCCACAUAAGGCACACACAAUGUUACACUGCAGGCAAUGGUGCGUUAGAGUUGUGUAACAGAUUGA